GCAGAAGGCCUGGAUAUCAUCGAGCCUUCUCUGAGCUUCAGCCUGACUCCGCGAGGCUGGGCAAGGACCUGGCGCCCUCUGCAGGCGUCUCCGGUAGCCCGCUCGAUUCUGCAGCUCCAGCAGCCAGGGGCGCGGGGGGCGGGGGGGCGUCUGCCCCUCCCCAUCGGGACUAGACUUCCCGGUUCACUGCCCCUUCCCAGCCUGGCCUCCCUCAUCUCGGUCCUGCCCCUCAGACCCCGCCCUCAACCUCGGGCCCCGCCCUCGUCACCCUGGGGGCUGGAGACGCGUCCCCGGCUUGCGCAGCGGCCCUGGCGAGGGGCGCAGGCUUGAGGCACCAACCCUACCUCACUUCCUGGCUUACCCUGCUGGGGGAAGGUGGGAUCCACUGAGCAGACCCUGACAGCCUUUCUGAGCUCCGGAGGCUUCAGCCCCCACCACGACUCGACUUUCCCACCUCAGGCCUGCAGCAUGCAGUCCCAGGAGAGUGGUGUCCAGUACAGCAGGUGGGACAGCAGCAGCCGGGAUGAGGUCAGCAUGACUGCCGGGUCCAGCACUGAGGAGGCCUCAUGCUAUAGGAGGAUCUCCCAGAAGCUGUGCUCGGGCAAGCUGGGGAUCGCCAUGAAGGUGCUGGGUGGAGUGGCCGUCUUCUGGAUCAUCUUCAUCUUGGGCUACAUCACUGGCUACUAUGUGCACAAGUGCAAAUAAAUGCUGCCACAUUCCCACCCCUGGGAAUUCCCUCCCA